UAUUCUCUAUAAAUGUGAGUAAAGAAACGGUGAUGUCAACAAGUCGAUAUUGGCAAGUUGUUAUUUCUUAAAUGAUGGCCAAUAAAUCGAAUCCGUUUUUCGUGGAUGAUGAACUCGAUGCAGAGUUUUUAAAAGGUUCCAGGCACCCAAACAGAAACCAGUUUGGAUACGACGAUGAUGAAAACCCACACCAACUGUUAUCGAAGAUAGAAGAAUCAGAAAUUAGACAACUUGAAAGUACUCGGAAUGCUUUAGCAUCCAUUUAUGAUUCUGAACAGAUGGGAAUUGCCACUGCUGAAGAAUUACUUCAUCAAGGUGAACAACUGGACAAUAUAGAAAGGAAAACAGAUUCAAUGUCUGUAACCUUGACAGCAUCUCAGAAACAUAUAAAUAAUAUCAAAAGUGUGUUUGGUGGCAUUAAAAAUUGGUGGAGUCGUGGAUCAGACAAGAAACUUAGUGAAACAGAUUCCCCACCUGUACGUAAUAGCCAGCUGAAAGAGGCAGUGAACAGUGCAGAAAAGAUACCACGAUCAGUUGGAGGAACUCAACGAAAACAAGAACUAGAUGAUAUGUACAGCGAUAGGCCUGUUGAUUUAGAUAGGAAGUUUUUGGCUGGAAGUCGUAUGGCUGAUGCCCAGGUACCUGAUCAAUCACGUCAUGUAACAAAUAGUCAACAUGAAGCAAAGAUGAAUGAAAACUUAGAUUUGAUGUCCACAGGCCUGUCUCGAUUAAAAGGUCUUGCUUCAGAACUAGGUAACGAAAUAGAAGGACAAAAUCUGCAGUUGGAUCGCAUUAACACAAAAGUCGAGGGAGUUGAUUCUUUACUUCAGAGUCAAGAUAAACAGUUACGAAGAAUCUUGAGGAAAUAGGAAUUUAAAAAACAGUUACCCAAAUAAAAUAUUGAACACAUCUUCAGAAUUAAGUUGUUGACUUACUCCAGAAAAAAACAAACAAACAAACAAACAAGAAACAAACCUUUUUGAUAUUUUAAU